CUGACAACUUGCGCUGGUAAUACCCAUUAGCUUACUAUACAGGUACAAAUGUCGGAUCCUUGGAUCUUGACGCGAACGCUCGAAAAAUGCGAUACAGGAACUACUAUGCAAGUUCAAGCCCUGGAGAGCAUUAUUGAAAAACUAAAUAUUGAAGAUUGGCACUCGGCAACUGCACGGUUUAUAGGAUCAGUCGCAAGAGAUCUUACGUUUGCUGGCAGGGGACCCCAAGAUAUAAUUCAACAUAUCGCAAGUGUUUGUAUAGCGAUUGUACGAAAGGCUCCCACUAUCAGUUGGCUAGAGGUUUAUAAGAAUCUUGAUUACGAAGGAUUCUCUAUUCAAAGCCAAGAAGGCUUAGUCGUUCUAGUACAUUGCUGGAGAAGUACACAAAAGGAAUCCUUCCCCAUUCAAGUCUUCUUCAAAAAAUGGCAAAAUGUGCAAGGACAAUUUAGUGUGCUGCGUGAAAUCUUCAGCGCGCCAUCAUCGCUGUUAGUUCUUCUGGAUGUAACGCAACGACAGGUUAUUCGCACUGAAGAUUUAGAGGUUCUCACCGAAAAGUCAAAAUCAUUCGCCUCUCAUAUCAUGAACGAGCCAUGCAACUCUUUAGAUCUGUUACGCGGUUUAGUUGAAUUGGUCGAUACACACGCUGAAACUCACGCAAGUCUUAUGCUUAAUCAUCUUGUGCAGAAGGAGCCGGAGCUUUUGUGCCUUGGACUCUGUUCCAUUCAGCCACUUGAAAGCCCAAAUAUACAGAAACAACGCAUGCGUCUUAUAGAUAUGUUUUUGGAUGGGCAUGAAAAUUCUGACCUGGUUGUGAGCUUGCUAUGGCAUCGUUCGCCUUCUACUCUUCUGGAAUGCUUUCUAGACAGAUACCGUCGUGACCCUUUGAGCGUAUCUCAGAUUUUAGAUAUCAUACAAGAGUCAAAGAUAUUAUCUCAAGUUUUGAGAAGCAAGCCAUACUUCUUCAUCUUGGAUCUAGCAUCGUUGGCAGCUAGAAGGGAUUUUCUUAAUUUGGAGAAAUGGAUAGAGUCAAGUAUCGAUAUUCAUGGAGAAGGAUUUGUUGGUGCAUCGCUGGAAUUUUGGAAGCACAAGCUCAACAAUGAAUUGGUCCGACGUAAAGACAAGACAUCCGUUGUUUCUGUCGCCGUUUGCGCAGACGUUGUCAGGUCCUUUCUGAAUGCGCUAAGCAAAAGGGACUAUGUCGCUUCCUUCGAACCACUUUUCGAACAAGUCAAAUCGCUGUGUGCGCAGCUGUUCCCGAACGAGAUGAACGCACCGGAUAUUACCAAUGCUGAGGACUCAUUAUUCCCCCCCGAGAUCGAAGAAGAAGUGAAGCAAUAUUUUGAGCGAUUGUAUAAUGACGAAAUAGCCGUUGAACGUAUCGCUAUGCUUCUCCAGCGAUUCAAGGACUCUAAAAUAUCCAAAGAACAGCAAAUCUUUGCCUGUAUGGUACAUACCUUGUUGGACGAAGUGCGUUAUUUCGGUAAUUAUCCAGAAAAGGAGCUAUCGAGUACUGCUCGUUUAUUUGGGCUAUUGGUUCAACUACAUCUUGUGUCGUAUAUUCCUUUGCGUGCCGCGCUCAAGCACGUUCUAGACUCUGUUCAGCAAGCACCAGAUUCAAAGCUGUAUGCUUUUGGUAUAAUUGCACUUUCACAAUUCGUUUCUAGACUCCCGGAAUGGCCGCAGUACGCCAUACAGCUGUCGCAGGUGGAAAGCAUUCGACUAACUCAUCCGAAGCUGGCAUUAAGCAUCGAGAAAGCGUUGGAUAAUAGCAACAGUGGAAAAUCCGAGACUUCGCCAAAUGUUCUUCUGAAUCGUGACGCCGGUGGUGCGAAAUCCAGUUCUCCACUUCUUGAAAAAGGCGGAAGAGUAAUGCAAAAGGAACUUGACCGUCAAGGCCUUUCACAAAGGGAUAUUAUCAAUAUACCUUACGAUGUUCCACCGCAGCACCUACAAGAUAGGGUCUCUUUCAUUAUCAACAACAUAUCACAAGGAAAUCUUGAGAACAAAACAAACGAGCUUCGUGAGGUGCUUACAGAAUCCAACUUCAGAUGGUUCAGCCAAUAUCUAGUUGUACGCCGUGUCAGCAUAGAACCAAACUAUCACCAGCUGUAUAUGCAACUCCUGGAUUCGCUUAACAAUCAUCAGUUAAACGAAUGUAUACUCAAUGAAACGCACGCAAAUAUCAAUAUUUUGCUCAAAUCUGAGAAGACCGUGCAGCUCUCAUCUGAGCGCGCACUUUUGAAGAAUCUUGGAUCUUGGCUUGGAGCUUUGACCCUUGCCAAGGAUAUUGCUAUUCGACAGAAAGACAUUUCAUUCCAGGAUCUAUUGAUAGACGGAUACGAUGGGGCACGUUUAGUGGUGGUCAUUCCCUUUGUGUGCAAAGUUCUUGAGCAAACGCGCCACAGCAAAGUUUUCCGUCCACCAAACCCAUGGUUAAUGAACGUAAUCAAACUACUAUUGGAGCUCUAUCUGCAUGCGGAUUUGAAGCUCAAUCUGAAGUUCGAGAUUGAGGUGAUGCUUAAUGCGCUCAAGCUUAACAUCGAAGAUGUCGAGCCUAGCUCCAUUCUUGAAAAUAGAUUUCCGAAGGAGCUGCCCUCAGGGUAUGCUUCUCAAGCAGGUCAGCCACCUACAAAGGCAGAUAGCCCAGUUACAGCGGGAGUCAGUGGGGUUCUCGAUCCGAACCGGCUUGCUCAGUAUCUUUUCUUCAACCCAGCACUGACGGUUUUCGCUGGACAGAAUACCAUCAAGCUGACAAUAGCAAGUAUAGUCAGUGAUGUACUGCGAGAGAUUGGUGAGCCCGUUAUCGCUAGGUCGUCAUCGGUGGCAGCUCUCUCUUCAAAGGAGUUACUAUGCAAAGAUUUUGCAUCCGAGUCAGAUGAAACUAGUCUACGUACGGCUGGUGAUGCCAUGGUAAAGAGCUUGGCAGGAAAUCUCGCACUUGUUACGAGUAAGGAGCCUGUUCGAAACAGCUUACUGGAAAACGUUCAUGCUGAACUAUUGCAUCAUGGAAUGCCUGCGGCUGACGCUAAAGAGGUUGCCUUGAUUUUUGUCUCGGAUAAUCUCGACACCGUAUGUGCUUUCAUAGAGAAAGCUUCUGUGGAUAAAGCUUGUGAAGAAUUGAAUUUGGCCUUAGCACCAUCAUUUGCUAUUCGACGGCAAUACCGGGAGUCUAUGACAAGCAAACCGUUUUACGAUGCGAAUGUAUUAGGACGUUUGCCGUCAUCAAUUAUGUUACCGGAAAUACUUCAGCCUACCCGUGGCCUAAGUGCUGAACAGCGGAAGGUAUAUAACUGGGUCACCAAUGUUCCGGGAAAGAAUAAGCAAGAUUCAGAGCUGGCAUAUUCCGCACCAGCACGAGUACUACCAACUGAUCAGAGCCCACCCAAUGGUGGACUUCCACCCAACCGAAAUCAAACCAUGACGAAGUGCGAGCAAAUAUUGUCAAAGGUUGCAGCAUAUGUGAGUCAGAUUGAGGCACAACAUCUCUCUGAAAUUCCUCUCGGUCAUGAUAUCACCCUAUUUAUUCGGCAAAUGCCAGCUAUUAUCGCGAACACGUCUGAUCCGGCCUCACUGGCUCUCAGUUUGUCCCAGAAGACCGUCAAUGCGUUGUAUUCGUCACAGUCUCAGCUACAAAGAGACUGCUAUUCGUCACUUCUACAUGUGCUUUGUCAAGCAUUCCCGAAAAUAUUGAAAGAGCUUAAUGGCUGGAUAACCUACUCUAACGAUGAGCGUAAAUACGAUGCAAUGGCAGUUCUUUCCCUUGUUCAAAAUGGUAUUGUCCCUCUGAAAGGCUUAGACGUGCAAUUAGCACAACCUAUAGAAAGUAAUGAUACCAAUGCAAUCAACUUUGGUGUCGCAAUAAUUCAACAUGGCCUUUUGUGCGAGCAACCAUUGUUCAACCUUCAUGAUUUCAUCGUUACGACAGCAUUAUUCGAUGAUGCAUCUCCGACUUCAGAUGCUAUAGCAAGUGCGAAGGACGUAAUCGGUGAACUGAAGAAGUUAAUUCAUGCUCCUUUGGCCAGCCUCACAACUCUUGAAGAUGUGUGGAGCUACCACAGGCUGUUUGCGGAAUGGAUCAGACUGUUUGAUCAUCCUUUGGCUAGCGAUAAAGUAUAUCAAGCUUUUAUAGACAAGAUCAAUCAAGAUGUUUCACAAGAUGGCAGAAUUUUGUUCAUUCGAUUGGCUAUCGAGUAUGCUGUUCAACAUUACAUCUCAUUCAGAGGCAACGCAGGACUUUCCAAGCAGUACGCUACAUCACCAAUCGAUGCUUUUGCUAAACUUGUUGAGCAAAUGAUACUUCGCGAAACCGCUUCAAAUGACGAAGACAAUAAUUCUGCCAAAGUCGUACUUGCAACUCAAAUAUUGUCAAUCACAGUGCUUUGCAUGGCACAACGACAUGAGGUAGAGCAAGAGAAGUUCAGCCAAAAGCCAUUCUUACGCAUGCUGUCCGGUAUUAUGAUGAAUGUUUGCAAAAUGAAUGCUCCAGAUAUUGUACCGCAAAUCCUUGUGGCAUUAGGCAACACUUUAUAUACUCUUCAGCCUUGCUAUUUCCCAGGCUUUGCUUUUGGAUGGCUUCAACUCGUCUCACACCGAUCUUUUAUGCCAAAGCUGUUGCAUUUAGGAAAGAGCAAAGGAUGGCCAUUGUAUCAUAAGCUAGUAUUGGCAUUAUUAUCAUUCUUUGGACCUAUCCUUCAAAGUGGUCAUCUGCAACGAUCGGGCAGAACGUUCUACAGAGGCACGCUACGCACUCUUCUCGUCCUUUUGCAUGAUUUCCCGGAGUUCCUUUGCGCGUAUUACUGGAGUAUAUGCGAUGCCAUACCAAGUACUUGCGUCCAACUGCGCAAUCUAAUUUUAAGUGCUUUCCCUCGUAACAUGUAUCUGCCCGACCCUUAUUCCCUGAACCUAAAAAUGGGUGACUUGUUCGAAAGCCAGCAGAUUCCGGAUAUCCAAUCUACGCAGCCCAUGUUGACUAAGGCUGGUUUGAUGGGUGCUAUCGACGAGCUUGCACAUAAUGAUGAUGUGCAUGCAUUUUCAGAGUUGUUGCUGGCUGGAAUUCAAAACGUGAACAAUGCGGAGAAUGAUACGAAGACACUUCAUUCUCGCUUCAAUACGUCGGUUAUCAACGCUGCCAUCUUAUACGUUGGUGCAACAGAUGUUACAGAAAGCCGAGCUGUCCCUCAAAGUCACGCACAUCAAAUCUGCACACAUUUACUAUCGAGAUUGGAUGCGGAAGGUUGCUACCUUUUACUAAAUGCAGUAGCAAACCACAUGCGCUAUCCAAACCGACACACAUAUUUUUUCAGUUCCUUAAUGCUUAGUCUGUUUGAAAGCACUGACGACAGUCAGGUUAAGGAGAGGAUAACACGUGUUCUACUGGAUAGACUUAUCGUACACCGACCUCACCCUUGGGGUCUUCUUGUUACAUUCAUUGAGCUCAUCAAAAGUGAUAAUUUCUGGAGUAAUUCUUUCACCAAAUGCUCUCCAGAAAUAGAGAGGCUAUUUCAAAGCGUGGCACGGUCCAUACAAAACAACUAAACUGCAUAAUCCUAGUCCUCCAUUCACGAAUAAACAGUGUAGUUGAAACAAAAUAAUGUCGCUUAGUAUUCGCUUGACACCACAACGAUUUUUAUUGUAAUUCUACAGUCAAGCGAUUAUUCGCCAAACAAUCUUCGCACUCGCUUCAGCACGCUAUCCUUCUCAGGAUCUAUAUGAAAAAAAUAUGAAAUUAGCAUUGAAGAGCG